AUGCUGACAAGGCUGCUAGGAGAUAGCGUAAAGCUAGUUAGUAAGAAGGACCGAGAGCAAAAGCUGACCCUUCAUAUCACCUCUCAUCCAAUCCAAGAUACGAAGCCUUUCAGGUCAUGCUGGCCAUACCAACUAAAGUGUCCCCAUACCCUCCUGCCAGUCAGCUGUGAGAAAAAUGUAGCUGGAAAUAGUGAGAAAUCAGAGAAGAAAAGGAAAGAGUUUAAAAAUUCACCGUUGUGCAGUAGCGCUAGCAGCAGCUUCACAGUUGGGUCCUUGGACCCGGCAGCCGCUACUGAUUGCUCAGGAAAGCUCUUAAUGGAUGGGCUUAAUACAGAAACAAAUGAGAAAGCUCUUGAAGCAGUAUUUGGCAAAUAUGGAUGAACAGUGGAAGUACUCUUGAUGAAAGACCGUGAAACCAACAAAUCGAGAGGAUUUGCUUUUGUCACCUUUGAAAGCCCAGCAGACACUAAGGAUGCAGCUAGAGACACGAAUGGAAAACUCCUGUAUCAGGUGGAAAGGAUAAUUAUGGAGGUCCACCUUGAAGGGAACCACUGCCCUCUCAUAGAGAGGUUUAUUUGUCCCCAAGAGAUGAUGGGUAUUCUACUAAAGACAGCUAUUCAAGCAGAGAUUACCCAAGCUCUCAUGAUGCAAGAAAUUAUGCACCACCACCAAGAGAUUAUACUUACUGUGAUUAUAGAGGCUGCAGUGAUAGAGAUGGAUAUGGUUGUGAUCAUGACUAUUCACAUCAUCCAAGUGGAAGUUCCUAGAGAGAUUCAUAUGAGAGUUAUGGUAACUCACAUAGUGCUCCACCUACAUGAGGCCUCCUGCAAUCUUACGGUGGAAGCAGUUGAUAUGAUGAUUGUAGCAGCUCACUCAUACAGUGACUGA